AUGUCCACUCAAAUCUUAGCAUCAUCUCAAAAUGACAAAAUACAUAAUAUUGUUCGGCCAACAACAAAUUAUCACCCACCUAUUUGGGGAGAAAGAUUCUUACAUUACAAUAUUUCAGAAGAAGAAUUGUCUUAUAAACAACAACGAGUUCAGGAAUUAAAAACAGUGGUAAGAAAAGAAAUAUUUGGAGAAUCUACAUAUGAUGUUUCGAAGCAAUUGAAGUUAAUUGAUGCUGUGGAACGUUUAGGAUUGUCCUACCAUUUUGAAAGUGAAAUAGAAAAUGAGCUAGAAGGCAUUUACAACAAAAGCAUUUAUCAAAAUGACCUAUUUGUAGAUGAAGAUUUACAUGAUGCUUCCAUUCGGUUUAGACUUCUACGACAACAUGGAUUUAAGGUUUCUUCUGAUACAUUUGAAAAGUUCAAAGAUGAGGAUGGAAAUUUUAAAGAAUGCUUGGUAACUAACACCCUCGGUUUGCUUAGCUUGUACGAGGCCUCACAUUUGAGUUGUCUGGGAGAAAAUAUACUAGAUGAGGCACUUGCUUUCACAACCACACACCUAAUUAAGUUUGUGGCAAAUAAUAAAGAAGAUCCAUUAUCAAAUGAAAUAUCUCGUGCCCUAGAGAGGCCCUUGAGAAAGAGCUUAGUGAGGCUCCAUGCUAAGCAUUUCAUUUCAAUAUAUGAAAAUGAGGCCUCCCAUAACAAAGUAUUGCUACAACUUGCCAAGGUAGAUUUCAAUCUAUUACAAUCUAUGCACAAACAGGAGCUUAGUGAAAUCUCCAGGUGGUGGAAAGAACUAGACUGUGCACACAAAUUCCCUUUUGCAAGAAAUAGGAUUGUGGAACUAUACCUUUGGAUAUUAGGAGUCUAUUAUGAACCCCAAUACUCAUGUGCAAGAAAUAUUUUAACCAAAAUCAUAGCGCUUGCCUCGAUUGCUGAUGAUAUUUAUGAUUCAUAUGGUACCUUUGAAGAACUUGAGCUCCUAACUGAAGCAAUUGACAGGUGGGACAUAAAUUUUAUGGAUAAACUCAAUCCAGAAUACUUGCAGAUAUAUUAUAGGAAACUGUUGAAUUCGUUUGAGGAAUUUGAACAAGAGCUUAAAAAGGAGGAAACUUACAAAGUUCACUGUGGAAAAGAAGCGUUUAAAAAAUUACUUCGAGGUUAUUUUGAUGAAGCUCGGUGGUUGAACGAAGGAUACAUCCCAAGUUUUGAUGAGCAUUUGAAAGUUUCUUUGAUUACUUCUGGUUACUUCAUGUUGAUGGCGUGCUCUUUAGUCGGAAUGGAAAAUAAUAUUGUGACAAAAGAAGUUCUCGAGUGGCUUUCCAAGGACCCCAAGAUUGUUAGGGCAACCGCAAGUAUUUGUAGGUUUGUGGAUGACCUAGUUGGUCGCAAGUUUGAGCAAGAGAGAAAUCAUGUGACAUCUACUGUGGAAUGCUACAUGAAGCAAUAUGGUGUAUUCGAAAAAGAAGCAUGUGAUGAACUCAAUAAGCGAGUAGUUAAUGCAUGGAAAGAAAUAAAUGAAGAGUUUCUCAAGCCAACUGAUGUAGCUUCACCUAUAUUAGUCCGUGCUCUUAAUCUUUCGAGGGUAAUCGAUCUUCUCUACAAAAAUGAGGAUAACUAUACACAUGUUGGAAAAGUUACCAAAGAUAGUGUUACUGCGUUGCUUAUUGAUCAUAUUCCAUGA